AUGGCCCUGAACAGGAUAAACGGCUCGGAAGAGCUGUUUACUGACGUUCUCGGCCUCGACAGCAUCUUCGGCGUCACACGCCCCCGCGUCAUCACCGAGCACAAAAUCACCCACGUCCUCUCCGUCAUCAAAUACUCGCUCGACAGCCUCCAAAAUGAAGCCUACCGAUCUCUGCAGCACAUGUCCAUCGACAUUGACGACAUGGACGACCAGGAUAUCCUGGUGCAUCUGCCCAAGAUGGUGAGGUUUAUCCAGCGGGGGUUAUACGGACAUGACUACACCGAGGAGAAGCAGCAACAACAACAAGAACAACAACAGCAACAACAAGAAGAAGAAGAAGCGGCAAAGGGAGCGGUGCUGGUUCACUGCGCCAUGGGGAAAUCCAGGUCUGUCACGGCCAUAGUGGCGUAUUUGUUAUGGAAACAUCCACAUCGGUUUGGGCUUGGGAAGGGGGCGGUUGAUGCCAAGGAGGCGGUCGCAAAGGCGGUGCAGUGGGUGAGGGGGACGCGGCCGAUUGCUGAGCCGAACAAGGGGUUUAUGGAGCAGUUGGAGCUGUGGGUUGAGAUGGGGUGUCCGGCCGGGAGUGAUGAUGCGGUGGAGAAGGAGGUCAAGUAUCAGAGGUGGUUGUAUAAGAAGGAGGUGGAGACGGCCGCGGCGGUGGGGAGGGCGCCGGAUUGGAUCCGGUUUGAGGACGAGGAGGCUGAAAAGGAGCAACAGAAACAAGACGAAGAGGGAGGAGGGGGGGCGUUUGAAUUGAGGUGUAAGAAGUGUCGGAGGAGGCUGGCGACGGAGCCGUUUGUUGUGCCGCAUCAAGGCAGGGGGAAUAAGGCCAAGGAGGACUGCCCGCACUACUUUGUGGAGGCCUUGUCAUGGAUGAGGGAUACACUUGAGCUGGGGGAACUGGAAGGGAGGCUCAACUGCCCGCAUCCAAAGUGCGGGUCAUCAGUGGGGAGGUAUUCCUGGAGGGGUUUCAAGUGCAGCUGCGGGGAUUGGGUAGCCCCGGCCUUUUCCCUGCAGCAGAGCAAGGUUGACAAGGUCGCCGUGAUGGGCGCAGGGAAGAAUGGCACGGCCGGAGCGAACGAGAUGGCGAGCCGGAUGGCUGCGCUGGGAAUACGGAUGCCUCCGGGGCAGAGGGCAGAGAACCUUUGA